AUGAUGUUUGCCUUGCAUGGAAUCCUUAUGCAGCACGCUGCUUCAUUCAUCGGGCACUGGGGAGAAGGAAACUCCGUGAUUCAGUACGCAAUCUCACUCUACGCGGUAGACGUUGUUCUCAAAAGGGAGCGGCAAGGAGAAAUUAAUCAAAGCCGUAGGAUCGUGAGGCGAUGUCAGGCGUAUGAGUUAAUGAGUCAUUUCCAGUGUAUUCUACUCGCACUCCAUCGCCGUUCGAAGAAGCAAGCUAUUUGCGUACACUACGUCGUUGUUCGAGUACAAUGGGACUCUCUUGCUAGUGAAUUGGGCGUCUUAUUGUUCACAACGAACUUCACGGAACUCUGGGAAGCUGUACUCCAGAUAGAUGAACAACCUAUACCUUGGCGCUUCGUCUUCUGGGAUGUUCCGUUCUCUUCUUCCCCCCCUCUCUGUGGAUCCUGUCGAAGCCCUCGCUCGGCUAUUCGCAGUGUUCUUCUUCCAAGGCGGCUGAACGGCAAUGCCUCGAGGGAACUUCGAGGAGGCCGGCUCAUCUUCGAACACAAUAACGACUGCAUGGAGAAUUACGUCGCGGAGGCAUUUCUAAAUCUCGGAGACAUGGAUGCUGUUCGUGACCAUCCCGCUAAAUCGAUCUAUCCGCGCCGUGUUGGUCCAUUGAUCCCUAGCCUGGUCAGCUGCUAUGACUAUGGGAUAUUCUUUCUACUCCUCGUCGUGUGCUCGACUUCUCUCGGUGCAAUUGUAAUGGACAUUCGCGAGGGUGGAUUCGAACUUCGGGAUAGUGUGUCGGUCCGGCGGCGUAAGGGUUUACUUAACCCAAUCGAAUAUGCGAAGCUCUCCUUUCGUUAUUGUCGAGAUGUUGAAACGAACCUCUUCGCGCGGAUGCGAGAGCAAUCUUGUUCCUUUCCAGUGGCAUUUUCGGAAUUGUGA